AUGACAAGCAAACUGAGCCUAUCAGUACAUGGCAGGCUAACCUCUACAUCUACACCCAUCAUCCAGGUUAAGAAGGUCGUUAGAUACGUAGGCUUGGGUUCCAAGAAAGCCCAAGUGACGGGGGUGUUCACUGGUCCUCGACUACUCGAGCUUCGUCCAAGGAUAGUCGUGGUCAUUGGAUGCUCGGCUAUUCGCUCGGCAAACUGCAGAGCAAAUGCGCAAUACGCUGGUUAUCAUCUUACGAGACGAAUUGAGGCAAUGUGCCUCUUCAACUUCUACCCCCUCUCCCCGAAUACCCUUGCGAAAAAAAGAAACUCUCUGUUGAAGGGACUAGCAACCGCGAGUCCGUAUAUUCAUCCUUCUACUCUGUUUAGUCAAACGCCGCCCUAG